UAAGCAAACACCACCAGCGGCCUUUUAAAUGUCCAAAGGCACAUUCCACCACAAUUCUGCACUUGAUCAGCCUAUGGUUGAACCGCUCCUUACUGCUGUCCAGGCUACCUGUGUACAGCUUCAUGAGUCAUGAGAGCAAGGGGUUGGCUGGGUCUCCCAGGAUCACAAUUGGCAUUUCAACAUUACCAAUGGUCAUUUUGCAGUCUGGAAAGAAAGUCCCUGCUUGCAGCUUUCUGAACAGACUGGAGUUCCUAAAGAUGUGCACAUCAUGCAACUUUCCCAACCAUCCCACAUUGAUGUUGGGGAAACGACCCCUGUUAUCCACCAGCCCUUGCAACACCAUUGAGAAUUAUCCCUUUCAGUUUAUGUACUCUUUGGCAAAGUGGUCUGGUGCCAAGAUAGGGAUAUGUGUUCCGUCUAUAGCCCCGCUGCAGUUAGGGAACCCUAUUGCAGCAAAAGCAAAACCAUCCACUAAGUCCUGCACAUUGCCCAGAGUCACUACCCUUCUUAUCAGAAGUCUAUUGGUUGCCUUGGCAACUUGGAUCACAGCAGACCCUAUGGUAGAUUUACCCUCUCCAAAUUGAUGCCCCAUUGGCAGUGGGGUGUUGCAAGCUUCCAGAGAGCUAUCGCCACUCGCUUCUCAACUGUCAAAGCAGCUUUCAUUUUAGUAUUGCUGCGCUUCAUGGCUGGGGAAAGCUCUUCACACAGUUCCAUGAAAGUUCCAUUCAAAAGUUCUGCAGCCUCUGCUUGUAAUCCCAUAGCUGCAUAAACAAUGUGGUCCCACCAGUCAGUGCUUGUUUCCCAGGCCCAGAAGCGGUGCUCCACCACGUCAAGAUGAUGCACAACUGUCGCCAGCAACUGCGAAUUGCUCCAGUCCAUGGCUUCCAGCAGGGCUGCUUGCGUGGCAUCACAUUGUUCCAUGCGGCGGCUCCUGCUUCAACUGAGUAAAUACUGCAAGAUAAGGUGCAAGGUGUUUGUAAUGCUCACAGCAACAUUGUACAUGAGAGUAGGAUCCAUACUUAUCGUACUAUGGCAUCUGCGCAGCUAACUUCUAAGCAGCAAACUCUCCGUGGCAGACCUAUGUUUUGUACCGCAUCAGACGUGCCUCCCACUUCACCGACAUUCAGCGAUUAACCCUUCACAGCACUGCAAGACAGCCCUUAUCUCAGCCUACAUCCUUAAGUCUGGAAAUUGUCUCAAAGCUUUUUUACCUGCGUGGAAGAAAAAAGAUUAAAGAGACUGCAUGAUGCUGCUCAGGAAAAUGAAGAAAGGCCCUCCAGAGAUUCAGAAAACUGCAAGCAUCAAAGAUUUUUUUUUUUUUAAAAAGAAACAUGGAAAAAGGCUAACGGUCGCAGAGUGAGCCGUGAAUGCUGUGCCCACACUGGGGCCCCGGCCUGAGAGGACAACGGGCAGAGUCAAUGGGAAGGCAGUGGGGUCUGCCUGCCAGUCGUCACGCUGCAGUCGGAAAGAAGGCUUCUAAUGCCACUGGAACCCCCUGAUGGAAGGGGUUUGGAUCAACCGCUAUCGGAAGCAGCUGGUGAGGUCCAUCUCGCCGCAGUUCCUGGAAGAGAUCAUCUGCUACAUGAGGAAGCUGGAUCUCCUCAGUGCUGAGGAGGCAGGCCAGAUUCAGGAGGUGAGCUCCCUGUCGGAGCAGGUGAAGGCAGUCAUGGAUCUUCUGGCUGGGAAGGGCAGCUAUGCCUCUCAGUCCCUGCAGACGUACAUAGAGACAACCAACGCCCAGCUCUAUCUCCACAUCACCGUCUAUGACCCUAUGGUGCAAAAGCAUUUGGAAAGCCUCCAGAACCGCUAUGGAACUGGUGUGGAACUUGGCCAGCUGGAGAGGCUAACUAAUCUUCUGCUGGUGGAAGGCUUGACAGAUAUUCAGCAGAAAGAGCAUGAUGUCAUGCAGAUUGAGGCCACCAAAGGCAUGAGAAAUGUUGCCAAGAAAAUCCCCCUGGAGAAGCUCUUUCUACCUCUGUCUAAAGUCAGCAUUCCUCCUCGAAUCUCUGUGACCGUGGGUGUGGCUGGGAUCGGCAAAAGCACUUUGGUGAAACUGUUUGCUAGCAUGUGGGCCAAAGGGGAGGUCAAUAAGGACAUCAUAUUCGUGCUGCCUCUCACCUUCCGGGAACUGAACACUUAUGAGAAACUCUCUGCUGAGAGGCUCAUCCGGUCGGCAUUCCCUCAUAUCACUGAACCCAGCUUUAUCUCCAAUGGCACCGCCCGGAUUUUACUGAUUCUGGAUGGCUUGGAUGAGUUUAAGACUCCUUUAGAUUUUUCCAACACAGUCGUUUGCACGGACCCCAAAAAGGAAAUUCAAGUGGAUAGUCUGAUCACCAAUAUUAUCCGUGGCAACCUGUUCCAGGAAGCUUCCAUUUGGGUCACUUCACGGCCCACAGCAGCCAGCCAAAUCCCAGGUGGCCUAGUUGACCGGAUGACAGAAAUACGAGGUUUUGGAGCUGUGGAGAUCAAGGACUUCUUGGAUCAGAUGUUCCUUGAGAACAAAGACUUAUCCAGUCAAGUCUUGGGUCAGAUCAAGGCUAACAGAUCUUUGUACACAAUGUGUACAGUUCCUGCCUUUUGCUGGAUAUCUGGCUCCUCAAUGGGCUAUUUCCUAAAGAACAGCACUGAUCAAUCCCAAGAAACGACAACUGUUCCUAAGACUUUAUCAGAAAUCUACUCCUAUUACUUUAAAAUGGCACUGAGUAAUGACUGGCAGGAAAAACAGAAGGAGACUCCCAGGAUAGAACAAGCUAUAAACAACAGCAAAAAAAUUAUUGGUAACCUGGGUCGGCUGGCAUUUUAUGGUCUGCUCAAGAAAAAGUAUGUAUUUUAUGAACAAGACAUGAAAGCCUAUGGCAUAGACCUCUCAUCACUACAAGGCAGCUUGUGCAAUAGGAUGUUACUCAAGGAAGAGAUGCAGUUCUCCACUGUCUACUAUUUCUCCCAUUUAACCCUCCAGGAGUUUUUGGCAGCCACUUAUUACUAUGCUUCAGCAAAGCGAGCAAUAUUUGAUCUCUUCACUGAGAGCGGGAUGUCCUGGCCUAAGUUUGGUUUCCUCAAUCACUUUAAGAACGCUGUCCAGAGAUCACUGCAGUCAGAUGACGGGCAACUGGAUAUCUUUGUGCGCUUUCUCUCUGGACUUCUCUCCCCGCAGGUGAACAAAUUGCUGUCUGGUUGGCUCUUGAUGAAGGAUGAGCAUAACAGCUUCCGAAGCCACGUGGUCAGCUUUCUCCAGAGCUGCCUGAACACUGACUAUGUCAUCUCCUCCAGGACCGUGAACGUCAUGCAGUGCUUGUAUGAAGUGCAGCACAUGGAGCUGGCCAAGACUGUGGAGGAAGCUAUGAAAAACGAGAGCUUAGCUGGGAUGUUAUCGCCAGUGAAUUGUUCUGCCCUGGCUUAUCUCCUGCAGGUCUCUGAGGUGUGUAUGGAGGAGACAAACCUCUCCAACUGCCUCACCUACAAUAUCUGCAAAAGUCUGCUUUCCCAGCUCCUCUUCUGCAGUAAUCUCCGGCUGGACAAUAACAAGUUUAAGGACAAUGUGAUGGAGCUGUUGGGCAGCGUGCUGAGCGUGAAGGAUUGUCAGAUUCAAAAGAUGAGCUUGGCAGAAAACCAGAUCAGUAACAAAGGGGCCAAAGCCCUCGCCAGAUCCCUGAUGGUCAACAGGAGCCUGACAGUACUUGACCUUCGCAGUAACGCCAUCGGACCCACAGGGGCAAAAGCACUGGCUGAUGCACUGAAAAUAAAUCAAGUCCUACUCUCCCUGAACCUCCAGAAUAACGUGAUCAAGGACGAUGGUGCUAAAUUCCUGGCUGAGGCCCUUUUAACCAACCACAAACUGACAACUUUGCACCUUCAGAAGAACUCCAUUGGGCCCCAAGGUGCAAAGAAAAUAGCAGAAGCACUGAAGCAGAACGGGAAUCUCAGGGAACUGAUCCUCUCCAGUAACUGUGUGGGGGACACUGGCUCUGUAGCGUUGGCCGAAGCUCUGAGAGUGAAUCACAGUCUCACAACCCUGGACCUCCAGAGCAAUUCGAUCAGUAACACGGGGGUCACGGCGCUGAUAGGUGCGCUGCGCUCCAACCGCGGCCUCAUCAGCCUCAACCUUCGGGAGAAUUCCAUCGGCCAAGAGGGGGGGCCGGAGAUAGCCAACGCUCUGCGCGCUAACUGCACACUGAGGAACCUAGACCUAGCGGCGAAUCUGUUGUAUGAUGAAGGCGUCAAGGCCAUUGCACUGGCGAUGAGAGAGAACCAGGCGCUCAUGUCCCUGCACCUGCAGUGGAACUUCAUCCAGUCGAAGGCGGCCAAGGCGCUGGCCCAAGCACUACACUCCAACACAAGCCUCACCAGCCUCGAUUUGCAGGAGAACGCUAUUGGUGACGAAGGCAUGAUCGCCCUCGCUGCUGCUCUGAAGGUGAACACCACACUCACCACCCUCUGCCUCCAGGUGGCUUCGAUCGGGGUGAGCGGGGCCAAAGCCCUGGCAGAGGCCCUAGUUGUUAACAGAACCCUCACAACUCUGGACUUGAGAGGAAACUCCAUCGGUGUGGCUGGAGCCAAAGCUAUGGCCAACGCGCUGAAGGUUAACCGCAGUCUCCGCGUUCUGAACCUCCAGGAGAACUCCUUAGGCAUGGAUGGAGCUAUCUGCAUUGCCACAGCUCUGACCGGAAACCAUGGCCUCACCUACGUCAAUCUGCAGGGGAAUCGCAUCGGCCAGUCUGGCGCCAAGGUGAUCGCUGACGCCAUCAGAACAAACUCUCCGCGCUGCAUCGUCGAGAUGUGAGGGCCGGUUGCACCAGGAACGGCCAGCACGAGUCAGCGGCAGGCAGGGGAUGGUGCAGACACUCACUUUAAUGAUAGCGCUGGGUCAGCUCAGCUGCCGGGUUCCCCACAUCAGAGCACGGCAGUGCAGGGAGCCACUUUCCCAGCUCGACCCAUAUGGCCAACUGAGGCCUGUUGGGCCUGGGACGCCCCCGCGGACUCCGACUGGCUCAGAGCGCUGUGUGGGGUGAUGGAGGCGCUCGCUCCAGCUGUGCUGAGGCCUGGGGCACCAAUGAAAGCUGCCGCCGAGGCUGCUUCUCAGGUGCAGAAAGACACGCCUCUCUUAGCAGCACGGUGAAUGAUGGCGCCGUUGUUCCAACGGCUGCCGGGCCUGAGGAAUGAGCUUGUGGCAGCCGUGACUGUUAAAAGGCAGGCAAGACGGGUGUCGUGGGGAACGUGGAUGGAAGUGGGUGGGAGGGACACAGUGCCAGCAAUUUAGUCCCACCUCACUUAUCCCUGUACCCAAGAAACCCUCCUGCCCUGCUACUGCCGAGCCCGUCCCUCCAGGACAGAAUGUCCCCACCUCACAGCCUGGUGCUGUGUGUAGCUCGGUGUGUGAGCACGAGGCACUCACUGCAUGGGUAGGCCCAGAGCUCCCACCACGGACAGACCCCCGCAGAGCCAGCUGCUGAGAAUUCUUUAUACCGUUAUGACUGGACUGCCCGGAAACUCGCCAGGCAGCUGCUUCCCGCCUGUCAUUAUUGCCCAGCCCUACCGGCUGUGUGGCCAUUUAAUCCUAUUGGGCUGUACAUGGCAGGGCCACGCAAAUCUCUGUUCCCGAGGUUCACCACAUUCCCUGGAGUAAGCUCCAGGAUGGUUGGUGUGUCCUGCUUUAGUGGGUGUCUAACAGGAAAUCUCUCGCUUCCAUCAGCUCAUGUGGAGCUUUGGCUUGUGAGUACCUCCGGGCCUGUAGAAUGAAUAAACCAUCAUGCUCAUGCGGCCUCUAACAGCGAGUGAUUUGGGGCUCGGCCUGAGACCGACCAUUCAGUGUCUGUGCCCCUGCAAAGCGAGAGGUGUAAUGGUCUAGCAUCAGCCCCCAGCAAGGAAGUGGGAAAAGAGGAGAGGAGAAGAGCUGAAGGAGGGGAGGGGGACUGCAGGGUGGUUGGGGAAUGAAGUGCAUGGAAAGUGGGUGGUUCCUGCCCAGUUGUUUAUUUCCAGCAGGCGUCUGCUUCGGGGAGCUCCUAGUCACACAGUUCUGCCCUGUGAAACAAGAUCUUUAAUCCAAACGGACCCCAUGUUCUGUGCCCUUCUGAAGGCGAUUUCACUUGGCUGGUCUCAUGAGAGUCACCCAGCACAUGGCCACUGGCAGGGCUGAGCCUGUAAGGCCAGGCGCGAGGGGACAGAUUUAUAAAGGUACUUACUGAUUUCAGUGGCCGUUAGGUGCCUAAAUAUCGUUGAGUGGCUGCGUCUAGGUAUCUGCCCAGUGUUCCUAGGCUCUUGUUUGUGCUGUGGUAUAUCGAUGCUGGUUGAGAAGCAAUGCAGUGACCCCUCUGGAAGGGGCGAUGCCUGGAGCAGGGCUAAGCACCAAGCUGCAGGGCCUUCCUCCACAGCUGCCUGGGCUGUUGCUCAGACUAGGACAUGAGCGGCAUGCCUGCCAGCCGUGUAGCAGUGAGAGACGCUAACGAGGAGAGUGACCGGUGUGAUGAGGUGCCAAGCUCUGGAAUAAAUGGAUCCCUAACCAAAGUGAUGACGUGAGCGUUCUUACCCGCCCACCUGCGGCUGCUGUUUGGAAAUUUCAAGGGGGGACUGAUUGUAGGUUUCAUCCUCUCUAGUGUGUCGGCCGCCACAUCCCGCCUUGUUAGGAGCAGGGCAUAGCGUGUGCUACAAGGUGGAGCCAGCCACUGCAUCAGUGCAAAUGCGCCGCAGCCGUAAGGGGCAGUGUGUGUGGGAGCCCUGGGGCAGCGCUGAGGUGCGGGGCAACACUCCAGCCAUGCCAGACCGUGGCCUGGCGCUAUCACACGCUGGCCGAUGCUGCUGUUAGCUCUGUGAGCCCACGUCAUUUAACCCACUCGGACCAGUAGCAGUCUGGCCUUUUGUGCGCUGGGGGCCCCUGCUCACGCAGCCGCAUCAGCUCCAGGCGAGGUCUGGAGGGAUUAAAAAAUGUAGCGGUAAAGUAGCAACUGGGGCUAAUACUGCCCGGCCCAAGGCCUUGAACAUGGGUGGAUCCACAUUUCUGUCCCUGUCCCCACCCAGGUCAGAGGCACGUCAGUGACUGGCCCAACCGAGCAGCCAGUUGGAAAAAAAAGCUGAUAAUAGAAAUGGGCUGAAAAGCAGCAGAGAAAUGCUGGGUCUAGCAAUAACUGUGCCCAGGCAAAUCCUGAGGGGCGCAGCCCGAGCUUGCCAUGGGGUUCAUUUCUAAAAGCUUACAGCCAGGUUCCCUUCAGAGAGUGUCCGGGGUAACGCUGCAGCUAAGCCCAGCAUGGUGCCACCCAGUGAUGAGCUGCCAAAAUCUUAACAACC